AUGGGGACCUUCAUUGGUCAUGUGUGCCCGGGACUAUUCCUACUCGUCUACGGACUGUGUCAGGCCGUCAUGGUCUCCAGAGCCGUGAUCACCAGUAGCUCCCUCCUGCACCCUAUCGCACCCACCAGGCAGCAGGGCAGGUGGGCCAGGCUAUGGAGGAUCUCCUACGGGGGGUGGCUGAAGCUGGUCACAGGCACCCUCCUGGUGGCCUACGAGAUCAGCUGUGUGAAAGGUGGCCUGGUCCUGAUGAACAGGGAGCUGCCUCCCAGAUUCAUGUAUCCCAAACAGUGGCAGCACCUCACCAUGUUCAUCCUGCUGGCCCUCAACGGCUGCGUGGACAUCGCCAGCAGGAACUUACUGCCCCGGAGGUGCCAGGUCCUGGAGCAGGCUGCCCUGGUGCUCACCUUCUAUGUGCUGCUGCUGCUGCUGGUGACGCACAGUCAGGACUCAGCAGGUGUGGAGCUGCAGGUGCACAGCCUACUCAUUCUGGUGGUGCUCCUGCUCACACUGGUGCUCACCGCAGAGCUCUGGGCCCCUGCCACCGCCCGCCUUGAGCUCAUCCAGACCCUGCUCUUCCUCCUCAUGGGUUCCUGGCUCAUGCAGGCGGGCUUCAUACUCUUCAGGCCCAUCACCGGCUACCCCUGGCAGGACGAUGACAUCAGCGACAUCAUGUUUGUCACCACCUUCUUCUGCUGGCACGUCAUGGCUGAUGCCUUGUGCCUGCUGGCUGUCUAUGGUCUCUGCUCCUUUUGCCAUCGCUCUCAAGGUUCCAAACUCACGAGGUCCAAAGAAGCCCCAGGCUACCCCAGCACCAGUGGGGGGCUCUAUAAGUUGCUACAGGAAAUGGAGCAGCCAGACGGAGAAGACCAGGCUCUCCUGGCAAACAGCACCCCCUGA